UUUGUUUACGUGAGGGUUCGUUUCUUUUUGUGGCCGAGUGCAUAACACUAGAAUAAUUUUCGCAAUUUCUCUUGAAAUUUCUUUAGAAUCAAUCUCGAAAAAUCACCUCCAGGUUAACAAAAAAUGACCGGACAGCAAGAGGAGCAACCCGCACCGGAAAUCGCCCAGUUUGUGCACGACAUUCGGUUGGGCAAAAUCGUCGGUUCUCACAAGCUCACAUCUAGGUCGCUGUUGCUGCUAAAGAACAUUAUUGCAAAAUCAGAUUGGACUACAGCCGAGCACUUAAUGACAGUAAUUCGUAAACAGGGACACUUCUUGGUGUCGGCACUGCCACAGGACAUUGUGAUUGCCAAUACGGUGCGUCGGAUACUGAAAAUUGUACGCGAAGAGUACGACUCCGCCCAGCUGCGGGUUCACUUUGACGAUGCCCAGACUUCGCUCUCUUUGCAUAAAUUGGUCACUCAAACCAGCGAACAGCGGCGAGGCGACUAUUCACAACCCCAGGAAGGAUUGCGGGACGCCUUGCUGGAGCACCUUAGUGAGAUUGAGACCGAGCUGGAGACGUGCGCGGAGAAUCUUUCGUCGCAAGCGACGGAACACAUUCAUUCGUCCGAGCUGAUCAUGACCAUCGGUCACUCGAAGUCGGUAGAAAAAUUCCUUAAGAAAGCGGCGGAGAACCGAGCCAUCGAGGUGAUCGUGGCGGAAUGUGCCCCAGCAUGCAAGGGUCACCAGCUGGCGGUGAAUCUGGGUAAAGCAAAGAUUCAGACAACGGCCAUCCCGGACUCAGCCAUUUUUGCGAUGAUGUCCCGAGUCAACAAGGUCAUCAUCGGAACGCACAGCGUGCUGGCGAAUGGAGGAUUGCGGGCGGUUUGCGGGUCGUACUCGUUGGCAUUGGCUGCAAAGCAUUUUUCGGUGCCGUUGAUUGUGCUGGCACCGACUUAUAAACUGACGCCGGUCCAUCUGUCCAAAUACGAUCAGGACGAUUUCAACAUUCUGGGCAAUGCACAGGCUGUGAUACCGUAUGGGUCGCAAGCGGCGCGGUUUGCCAAGGCGUACAAUCCAACAUUUGACUACGUGCCGCCGGAGUUGGUGACGCUGUUCAUUACUAAUACAGGUGGAAAUGCCCCAUCAUAUAUCUAUCGAUUGCUGAGCGAACUUUACCACCCAGACGACAACGAACUAUAGAAGUUGCGAGGAAAACAACGUGAAAAGGUAAAUUUCGAAGACAAAAGAUAACAAACACUUAAAAAUCAUCUGCAAAGUUUAUUCGAAACAGUUUAUUAUCAUUUAGGUCUCUGUUAUAUAAUAAAAUUAAUUAUAUAUGGCAAA